AGAAAUUUGGUUCCUAGAUGAAGGUUGAACCUGCAUUAUGGUGGCACCUUGUUAUAUGCAUCCAUCCAAAUCUUUUAGAAAUAUGAUUCUUAAGACAGAAGACGAAAGAGAAUUGAAAGGAGAUAAUUUGAGUGCCAUAGAUCCCUGCAUUCACCAAGUAACAAUAACGUAGAGUCCCAUCUUCCCUCCUUACGCCGCUCGCGCUUUGUUGAUGUAAGUGCAUGUGAUUCUGGCUGAUAUCUUUUUCUUUAUCUAUCAGACUGCUAUUAUUUUACCGUUGAUUUUGUCUUCUAAUCGUGCUUAUGGGUACCACAUGUAAACCAAAUAUAUACAUGGGAUUAUGGCCUUGCUUGUGCCUCGAUGGUUUUGAAAACUAUUGGUGUCAACGACCGUGAUAUUCAAGCACUGGCUGAGCUAUGCUGCACUAAUAGUGUCUGGACAGUUGAUUUGGCAUAUUUGUUGCAGAAGUUUUUUGUUGCAUUUUCCUAUUUCACUGUAACAUUUGGUGCAAACCCAAACUUUUCUGUUGAAUCCUUUUACAAGGAGGAAUUGCCUGAUAAUCUAUUCAGACUAGAUAUGCUAUUUCAAAAGGCAGUGGAGUCUGGAAUUGACAUACAGUGUAGAUCAAUUAGUGGAAGAGAGAUUUCCAUUCCCAUAUUGUCAGGGAAAUAUAUUGCUAUUGCAUUAGUUGACCAAAGCAAAUUGAGGUACAGGUUUCUUCUUAUAUGUUCUGUUCUUUUUUGGCUUCAAUACUUAAUUGAUGAUAGCUUUUCAACAUUGACAUACUCCACGUUCUUACCAACUUUUUACAUAGUUCCUGUGGUAAACCAAGUUUAUUCAUUUGAUACCAUCCUUUUUAGAAGAAAUUUGUCACUCCAAUUGCAUUAUAACACGUUUUUUGUUCAUAACUUCUUCCUUGAUCACGUCAUUAUUCUCACUGGAAAAGUGCAAUUCAAUCUGCAUCUGGAAAGUUUCUGUUUUAGUCAUGUAUUGCAAGAUGAUGUUCAUGUUCCUGAAGUUUCCAGCAAUAACCCUGGCUAUACUGAUGGUAUUUUACCAUCUAAUAUUCAGUCCUCAAAAUAUCAAUGCUGCUACAGUUGUGCAGUAAAGUUUUUUCCAGUUUGAGUGAUACUUUACUGUCACAUAUAAAGCUUGAAGCACUUCUCAAUAUUUCAUCUACCUAGGUUGAAUCCUAUGGUUUACAUCUUUUCUCAUUUUCCCAUCAUUUUGAUGAUGAACCUUAGGAGCUUAAACUGUAUGCCUGGGAGUAUGGUAUAAUCCUCAAUUUUCACUGCUAAGCUAGAAUUAGGAUGCCUCUUGUUGAACCUACAUUUUAAUGUGCUUCUAAAACUGUAGUUUGAUAUGUGUGAGAAGACACUAGACAAUGUAUACCUUCGCUCUUCCGGUUGAAUGAAUACUAGUCUUGCGAGUAAUUUAGAUUAGUCUGUGAUCUUCUUUUAAAACCGAAAAUGACUCUAAUUGAUGGUCCACUUUAUCAUACAAGAUCAAUCAGUUAAUAAAAAAAAAUUGGACCCUCCUCACUCUUCGGUCCCAGACAAUAAGACAUUUGCAAUAUUAACAAUGAGUCAUCUUAUCAAAACUUUUGAUAGUGGGUGCAACCAAGGACAACAGUUGUCUCGUGCACGUAAACACAGGACAUGUCACGUGGUCAGAUGCAUGUUGUUCAAUCUAGACCAAUAAAAACGCCACAAAAAACAUCAAAAUUGGCUCUAUUCGGAAACCAGACCCGGGACCCCUCCUCCUCCAGCAAGUUAGAUCCAAAACCCACCACGCAGGCCACAGCUUUUCCCAUCUAAGCCCUUCCCCAAAGUCAAUCUCAUUGUUUGUUUAUGCCAACGUUGUCUCUCACCCCACUAUUUUGCUCUGUUGAACCUUCGGAUCACACACCCCAUUUAAUGUCCAUGCUCUGUAUCCUCCAACAAAAUAAUAAAAUCAUGUGCAACUGCCAUCGCCAACCACAUUAUAGAAUAUAAGCACCAACCAAGUGAAAUGUCGAGCCCAUCACAUGCUACGCCAUUACUUGUCAUCAAGUUUAAUUAUCAACGUUGGUUGCCAU